UGCCAGAGAUCACCCAGCCCGUGCCUGCCUGCCUGCCUAGUGUGUCGUCGCGGGGCAGCUUUCUCCUAGAUUCCAUCAUCACAAUUGUACUCUUCCCUCAUUCUUUCUGUCCCACACACACACCACACCGACUAGACCCUGCGAUCCUCGGAACCGCGAAGAUGUCUACGGUUCACAUCAAGUCGCCAACAGAGUUCCAGACGCUCUUAUCGAGCUCCCGCAUAGUUGUUGCGGACUUCUAUGCAGACUGGUGCGGUCCCUGCAAGGCCAUUGCGCCCCUCUACGAACAGCUCUCGUCGUCGCUGUCCCGCAAGAAUGUCGUAACCUUCGUCAAGAUCGAUGUCGAGGCCCAGAAAGAGAUUGCCUCCGCCUACAACGUUACCUCUCUCCCCACCUUCAUGAUCUUCCGCGAGGGCAAGACCCUUGAGAAGGUUCAAGGUGCCGAUCCCCGCAAGCUCCAGGAGGUAGUAAAGAAGUUGGCCAAGGAGGUUUCUGAGGGCGGUUCCGGAUCUGGAGAGGCUUCCGGCAGCUCGAGUGGUGGAUCAUGGAGAGGCGCAGAGCUCCCUCGCGGAUACAGCGACAUCACUGAUCAAGUCGAGGCUAGAGGCUGUGAGCUGCUCAAUGCCGACGAGGACUUCGGUCCAGUUCGCGUCCUCUUCGACACGUCGAAGCCCAGUGCGCUGGCCAAGAAGGAGGGUGCGAAGGACUGGGUUGAGAGUGGCGCCGACGACCAGCUCCUGCUGUUCAUGCCCUUCCAGGCCAUGCUGAAGCUGCACACACUUCAGCUCACCUCUCUUCCUCCUGCCGACGACGACGAGGCCCCGAUGCGCCCUGGUACCAUCCAUCUCUACACGAACAAGCCGCACAACCUCGACUUUAGCGAAGCUGACGAUACCCCUCCCACGCAAGCCAUCGAGCUUACCGAGAAGGACUGGAACGCCGACGGCACCGCCAACAUUGGUCUGCGCUUCGUUAAGUUUCAGAACAUCACCAGCCUGAUCAUCUACGUCACCAAGGGCGAUGGCGAAGGCGAGAAGGUCCGCCUCGACCGCGUGCGCCUCAUUGGCGAGUCGGGGGAGAAGAGAGAGAUGGGCAAGCUGGAGAAGAUUGGCGAUGAGGCCGGCGAGUAGAAGUCGGUGGCACUCUACAAGAUCUAAUCGGCCGGCGAUGAAGAAAAACAUUGCUCGCACGACCCAAUGCAACGAGAAUCAUGAAUAGAGCGAUAGUCAUAGAUGUUGCCGGCCGUUACUAGGCUCAGUAAAACCGAACA